UUGUUGAACUCAGUUUUCUUGCUUGAUGGGUAGUUGGGGGUGGGGCUAGUUUUUUUUUUUCAUGAAACACAAAAACUUUUACUUUUCGGAUCUUUUCUUUUUUUGUGUGUGCGGAUCAGAUUCAUUAAACAGACCUUAUUACUAUAUGACUUGGUACUUGGUGCUUGUUUGAUACUUAUUAUUUUCAUUUUUUAAAACGGCUAUGGGUCAAAUGGUUGGAUUUUUCAAGGAACCACUCGAUAAGUGUUCGUGGAUAGGUGCUAGUAUAUUUGGUGGAAGAAGGAAGCGAAAACUUGUCAGUGGUUUAGAGGAUGAACAAAAUGAGCUCAACUGCAUCGAACUACAAAUUCCAAAAAAAAAAAGACUCCUUACUACAACGCAAUAUAUUUAUCAGGCGCUUUUCAAGGAACAGACAAAUUUCGACAUAUCAGUAAUGGCACAGGGAAACAUCUGGCAUUUGCACAAAGUCUACCUAUGCCAAAGCCCUUACUUUUUUAGUAUGUUCAAUGGUUCUUGGAAAGAAUCAUGUCAGGAUUUUGUCCACAUCAAAAAUUUAGAUUCAAAAAUAACUUUAGAAGCUCUAGAUGCUGUUUUUGGAUCAUUGUAUUCAGACGAAAUUGAAAUUGGUCCUAAAGCUGUUAUUUCCAUCCUAGCAACAGCCACACUUUUCCAACUUGAUAAAAUAAUUGAAAAAUGUGUAGAAGUUAUGAUUGAUACCAUAAAUGCAGAUACAUCAAUCAGAUAUUACGAGGCUUCCUGUCAUUAUGGAACAAUGAAUGUUAAAAAGUCUUCUUUUGAGUGGUUGGAAACGAACUUACUGUGUAUACAUAGCAAAAACACAAAAAUUCUUAAAGAAAUCAAUAUAGACUUAAUGACUGCAUUAAUAUUAAGUCCGGAUUUAUAUGUAAUGCAAACUGAGUUUUCUUUGUAUACUCUACUUCGAACAUGGAUGUACAUGAUAUUAUUUCCAAAUUAUGAUCCAGAAAAUUGCUCUGCUGAGGAAGCUAUCACCCAGCAAAAUUUUUUCGCAAAUCGACAAGAUGAAAAUUCAUUCCUAGAAACGCCAGAGGGAAAUUGCUUCCUAAAAACAUUUCGAGCUUUACGUACACAAUAUUUAACUAACCAUCACAUGGACUUUAAGACUAUACUAGCAGACAAAAUUAUCCCAAAAGAAUGGUUGAAUGUACAUGUAAUGAAUCAUUGGAAUGCCAUUUUAAAUGUUGAUCAGUUGCCAGAAGAAGGACCAAACCAACUAGAUAAGGACUUGUUCUUAAAAAACUGUAUGCGAUGCGGUCGUAUUCUUCUUGAGCCUGGUUAUCAGAAAUGGAGAUGGACUGGUUUUAACUUUGGUUUGGACAUAAUUCUAAUUGUUGAUUCUAGAGUACUUAGUAUAAGACGGCAUCAUCGGAACGAACAUGAACGAUUAUUAAGUCUUCAAACUAAAUGUCAAUUUAUGAUAAGAGUGUGCGUAACAUCGAUUAACUCUCAGCGUCAACGUACUUUCACACAGAAAUCGGAAAUAUUUUCACUGUCACUGGAAAAGAAUGAAGAAGCAACGCUGAUGCUAUUGGACACAAAAUUGGUGCAUCCCUUGCUGAUCUCCGUGAAUCUUCUAGUUGUUACACCUACAAAUAAGUUAUUGAAAGACAAUUUACUUUCUAUUGAUAAAUCGAAUCAGAUUCCAAUAUCAGAAAUCGGCGGUGGCAAUGUCAUGCUGGAUGCGGCGACUAUUUCAUCACCAGCAUAUUUGGCGAGUUUUUCCGCUAGUUCAUCAAGUUAGACAAGAUCUUCACAUUCAUUGAAGAGAAAAUUAUAACAGUUUUAAUUAAUCCGCUUCAAUGUUAGUCAGUAAAUAAAUCAUAAAAAAACAAAAAAGGUACUAACUGUAAGCACAGUACACAUAAAUACAUAUUAUGUGUACUGUGAACUGUAAGUGCACAAUUUAUGUGAUAAGACCAAAUUCACUCACGGAAAUUAAAGAAACUUCUUAGCCGGUUGAUUAAGCUUAUAACAUUAAGCUAAUAAUAGCUUACCAAAUAAAACUCAAAAUAACAUUUUAGGUUAGGUAAAUAGGGUAGUGCACAGCUAAGCUGCUGCAUACACGGGGGCCUAUUGGUCCUGUGAGUCCCUUUUAUUUAAAAAUCGCAUUGAUGUUUCUAAACUAUUUAUCGGUUAACAAAGACUGGCUCAUACGAACCAUCCUGCACUUUCAAUGAAUUUUUUCAUGUAAGCCAUUGGCACCUGCGCUAGAUCGUCUAGUUCUCCCACGAACCUAUUUCCGAAGUAACGGAGUCGGUUUUGUUUGGAGGUUUGGACAUUCGCAGAUCGCAGAGCAGAUAUUUAAUGGAUUCUAUUAUUUCCUCUACAUCUUGACAGCUCCUGCAGAAAUCAGGUGCAAAUACACCCAUUCUAAUAGGCCAUUGUACCAAUGGCACAAUGACCCGUUAAAUAACAUUUUACUAUUUAUAUUAAUCCGCAGUACGGUUCCACGUCUUUUGUUGUUUAAUAUUUAUUAUUUUUGUGAAAAUAAUACCUAUAAAAACAACACUAAAAUCGAUUUCAAAUGUGCGUCUUAAAUUGUGCUCUCUGCAACUAUUUACAACGAGAAUUUAAUGGACCUGUGAAGGUAAAAUUAUGGUUUUAGUUAUUUUUUAUAUUAGUUCCGUAAAUGAGUAAAAUUAAAAAAAAAAAAAAUAUUAAAAAUAUUGCAAACUAAGAACUUAAAAACGAAACAAGACGCACGCGAAAAUGAAUUUCAUAAGUUUAAAAUUUCAAUACAAAUAACGUACGCAGCGCAAACACAAACGUCAAAUUUUUUGUAAUGAUUACGCAUCACUGCUUUUUUGCGAUGCUGAUCGUUGCUCAGCUAAUUACGAUGCGAUGCUGAUUGACAAAAAGUUUUACUAUUAAAAACAAUUUUGGCUUAAUGAUGGAAAUGAUACUAAUAAAAACUCUUUGUUGUAAUUAAAAUAUGGAGCAACACAUUUCAUCUCUCAAAGAACUUUCCUCCACAAUACUGACUUCGAUUUUCUGCCUGCAAUAAAUUCACCUUCAUAUUUUAAUAUGGUUUCUAUUAUAAGUUUAAUUUGUGGGUUGGUAAAAUAUCCCUGAAAUUCAUCAAAUUGAUUAAUUUAGAACUUGUUUAAAUACUUUUAUUGUCCUUUUCCGCCAUUUUUACUCCAAAUCGCGUCGGCAUCAACAACUUAUCAACAAAAUUCUUGAUGCUUUUUUUUUAUAUUUGCGCAUCAGUUUACCAAAGUUUGCAAUAAUGAGCAAUCAACAUUUUAAGUGAUGCUUAUUAUUUGCGUUUAUGAACGUGCUACAGGAAUGAAGCAAAUCAUCUCUGCAGUGAUGCGUUUGUAAAUUUACACAUACUCUUAAAAAAAAUGCCAUAAAACGUAUAGCAAAAUAGCAAUAUGUAGUAUAGUUUACUAUUAAUAUUUUAAAUUUUGUAAUAUAUAAUAUUUGUAUACUUAACAAUUAAAAUUUUAACUUCUAGUUUUAUAAACCGAAAUACUCAAUGGUGUGUACUUGAUUAAAAAAAAGUGUUGGAGAAUAAUAAGCAGACUAAACUUUUGAAGAAUUUAAACAAUAAAAAGUUACUUUAUUUUCAUAAAAAAAAAGCAAUAAAUCAUAUAAAGAAAGAAACUCAAAAAAAUUUAGUGUUAUUCUAUUCUAAAAUAGAUAAAUAAAUAAAUAAAAUAUUUACAGUGUUGUCGUUGUUGUUUUCUCAAAUUAGGUUUUGUAGUUGGUACUUUAAGCAACUUCAGUGUUGGCGAUGCUACUUUUGUAACAAAAAGUCUAUUAAUUAAUAUUUCAUAAAAAAGGACUCACAUGAUUCACUAAAAAACCUUUUGUAUGGAAUUAUUGCCAUUACACAGAAAAAAUCAAAGACAUCAGGUUUGGAAAUUCAAGAAGUUGAAUAUAGUAUAUAGUUAAAUAUAGUGCUUAUUCUUCUACUUUACUGAUUUCAGUAGAGUAGAAGAAUAAGAAAGAUAUGUGUAGACUAAACAAAGAUAUGAUUCUUCAGUCGAUUGAAAUUAUCGGUCCGGUUCUUAUGAAAAUAAUAAAUACAUCCCUGUCGACUGGUACAUUUCCUGAAAGUUGGAAAGAAUCAUUAGGUGUGUUUUUUAUUACCACCGGUCUUAACUGGACAAAAAAAACGCAGUCGGGGCUAAGGAAUUUAAAUGUUAAAUGCAACAACACUUUAGCCCCUUGGGCUUAGCUGUUAAGCCCGGAAAAUUCUCUGGGCUUAACUUUUUCAACAGAUUUAAAUCUGUGCUACCAAAUAAACUUGUUCGUAAAUUGUUUAGAAUUUCUUUAAAAACAUCAAAACUGAUGUUUGGAAGGACAAUUAUUAUUUUAAAUAUUUAUUUAAUAGUUAGUUGAACUUUUUAUUUUCAAAAACACACAAGAAACCCCAAAAGCGAAAAAUAUGACAACUUUAUAUUUUUUUGUGUCAGCUGAUUUCGGAACAUUUAGUAUGCAGUGCUGCCAAUUUUUCUCGCUAAGCCCAGAGGCGUUUUUUUUAAACAGUUAAGCCCGGUGGUAAUAAAAAACACACCUAUUGAUUAUCCCUGUUGAAGAGUGAACAAGUGUGAAGAAUUCAGACCAAUAAAUAUGUUUCCAUUGUGUGAAAAAAUAUUAGAAAAAUUUGUUGCAGAACAGUUUCAAAAUUAUUUAGAAUGUAAUAAUCUGUUGAUACAGGAACAAUCUGGAUUUAGAAGUGGACACUCAUGUGAAACAGCGAUUAAUUGUGUUGUGUCGAACUGGAAGAGGAAGAUUGACUGUGGGCAUUCGAUAGUGGCUGUGUUUCUUGAUUUGAAAAGAGCGUUUUGAAACGAUUGAUAGGCAAAUAUUACUGAGCAAAUUACGUUUAUAUGGUGUAUGUUUUGAAUCUUAUCUUACCAAUAGAAGUCAAAAAACUAGUGUGAAUGGUGUGACAUCGGAUGCAAAAGUAAACAAUUUGGGAGUGACGCAAGGUUCUGUUUUGGGAGUGUUCUUGUUGUUUUGUAUAUAAAUGACUUCAAAAAAUGUUUGAAAUAUUGCAGCAUGAAACUUUUUGCGGAUGAUAGUCUGAUUUAUAUUUGUGGUAAAAAUAGUCAAGAUAUGUAUGAGAAAUUGAAUGAUGACUUAAAAAGAAUUGAUGUAUGGCUGAAAAUGAACAAGCUUUAAGUGAAUGUAACUAAAACUAAAUAUAAUCCUGCUCAAAUUUAACGCACAUCAUAUUUAUUUUACAGAAAAUUCCUACUAUUACUUUGUCUCACAGUAUCGUGGUUAUUUUCUCAAAUAAGACAGGAGUGAUCUUAAAUUGAAGGUAUGGAGUAAAAUGUUUGUGGGGAAGAUUUGGAGAGAUAUGCUGAAGUCUAUCUGUCAACCCGCUAACCUUUUAGAGAUGAGUCAUAAAUUUUCAUGAAGUAAACUCUGCUUUACAACACCUACGGAGUUAGUGAGCUCUCCUAGACCUACUUUAAAUACCCAAAAAUACUUGACUGAUAUCCUCGAACACCAUGCGGUUCCAAUCACCCCUAGAUUUGGUCCACAGUUCAGUCUGAUGCACGAUAAUGCAUGCUAGAGUGGUUUGAGAAUAUCUUCAAGAUUAAAAUAUGCCACCCUUGAAUUGACCACACAGAUAUUCGGAUUUGAAUUCAAUAGAACAUGUCUAGGAAAUGUUGAAAAAAGUGCAUUUGCGGCCGAAAUCCACCUCCAAGCAUUCUUGAUACACAGAAAAUUGGAGUGAAAGAAAAGUUACAAUAAAACCUUCAAAUGUUAAUUCGUGGAAUGAAUAGAUGACUCCAAGUUGUCAUAAGCGCUAGAGGAGACAAUGCCAAGUAUUGAAUAAAAUUAUUGGAAAGAACUGUCACGUGCUUCCAUUUAAAAAAAAAUUUUUUCUUAAAAAACAAAAAUUAUUUUAAUAUCAGUUUUCAGACCUUAAAUUGCUAAAUUUGGUUCAUCUUUUUUUUGGUUGAUAAUACUGUUGCAGUUUAGCAUUUUUCUGACUUGCUAAAUAAUAACCAAACACAAAAAAAUACAACAAAUAAUUUAAAAGCCAUUUUAAAUAAGAUGUAGGGGUAUGACUAAAGAAGAAAAAAGUGUGCGUUAAUUUUGAACAGGAGUUUAUAUGAAGAUGGAAUGAAUGAAGAUAUUGAUGUGAAAAUGGAUAGUGAGUCUUUAAUUUGUGUUGAAAGCAUUAAGUAUUUGGGUUGUGUCAUAGAUAGAAAGUUGAAUCUAAAAGAACAUGCUAGUCAUGUACAUAUGUGCAAAAAUCUCAAAGAAAAUUUAUUUUUUAACCCUCUACUGCAUACGAAGCCAAAUAUGGUUUUGUCUAUUUGUAUGCACUUUUCUCUUCUCUGUCACAAAAAAAUGGUAAAGAUUCAAUACAAUCCUCUUCUUUGUGUUUCUGAGAACCCAUAGAGAUAGUUUUUUCGUGUGUCCGACACAAAAUAAAGGUGUAUUUUAUGAUCACAGGUGAGUCGAUCAGUCGUGUGCAUUGAAAUCGAAAGUGUAGAAUAUUUUCAUACUUUAAGUGUUAAUUACUGCGUUUGUUUGGAAAGAAAAGUGGAAUUAAAAAUUUAUUUUUGAUGGAUUGUCUUAUUAUGUAUGCUAUGAACCAAUUUUUACUGAAAAAAAAAUGAUUGGCCUGGUCUUGGGAGGGCAAAAAGUACGGAAGCCAUAUUUGGCUUCGUAUGCAUAAAGGGGUUGUAAAUCUACACAAUUUGUUAAAUUUUUUUGUUGUAAAUUUUGUUCCUUUACAUAUGUUUUACUUCAGAAAUAGAGCCCCUUCGCUUUUAGAGACAUUUUUUUAAUGUUAACCCCAUUUCCAGGGGCGUAACCACAAAAAAUUUAGGUGGAGGGAGGCUCACCUAUAAUAUUUUUCAAUCAUUUUAUUACUUUUUAGUUCUUUUAAGAUCUGGGAGUGGGUGAAAAUGUUGGAGCAAGACUUACUUCGACAGUGGAAAGAAUGUGAACCAGAAAAAAUAUAUGUAAUUGAAAAAACAAAUUGCUUUUCUCGGUUCCAUGGCUUAAAAUGAGCCAAAUUUGAAGUAAUUCUUAACCUUUUGUAAUGCAAUGUAUUUAUUUUACUUUAUUUUGUUUUUAAAUGAUAAAUAUUUAUCUUUUUAUAAUUUUAAUUUUAUUCUUUACCUAAUCUGAAUAAAUAAAAUUAGUAAAAUUUCUUACCCCUUAAUGCAUACGAAGCCAAAUUUGGCUUAUAAACAAAUUUUUUAAAUUAAUUAAUUUAAACAAAUUUUUUUAAUGUAAACCGUUUUGAAACAACCCAAAGAACCCAUGUAAAGCAUUUUUUAAUUUUUUCGUCCGCUAAUAUUAAUUCAUGCAGUAGAGGGUUAAGCAGAAUACGUAAAAACUUAACAUUCAAUGCUGCGAUUCUCAUUUAUAACGCGAUAAUUUUGCCACACUUUAAUUAUUGUUCAACCUUAUUAUAUGGUUCGAGUGCAGACGUGAAACUAAGACUUCAAAGACUGCAAAAUAAAGGUAUGAGAAUAAUCCUAAGAAUGAAUGUAUAUACUCCAAUUCGUGUUUUACUUGAAUGCUUGUGUUGGAUGAAUGUGAAGCAGAAAUUGACGUUUGACGCUAUGAUUUUUAUUUUUAAAAUACGAAAUGGUAUGUUACCGGAUUAUUUAUCGGACGGAUUAGUGGAAGUGUCCGCAGUUCAGCCUUAUAGUUUGAGAAAUGCUACCAACAUCAGACCACAGCGUUGUAGGUUAAGUAAUACCCAAAGUUCAGUCUUGCAUGAUGGCAUUAACUAUUUUAAUAACUUACCAAGUGGAGUGAAGAGUGAAAAUAAUUUAAAUGCAUUAAAAAAAAAAAAUUGUGUGAAUUUAUUAAAAUUGAUAUAAACUAGUACAAAUAAUAUACGUAAGAUCAUAAGUAUAUGAAAUAAUAGGUGUGUUUUUUAUUACCACCGGUCUUAACUGGUUAAAAAAAAAAACGCCUCGGGGCUUAGCGAGAAAAAUUGGCAGCACUGCAUACAAAAUGUUCCGUAAUCAGCUGACACAAAAAAAUAUAAAGUUGUCAUAUUUUUCGCUUUUGGGGUUUCUUGUGUGUUUUUGAAGAAAAAAAGUUUAACUAACUAUUAAAUAAAUAUUUAAAAUAAUAAUUGUCAUUCCAAACAUCAAUUUUGAAGUUUUUAAACAAAUUCUAAACAAUUUACGAAGAAGUUAAUUUGGUAGCACAGAUUUAAAUCUGUUGAAAAAGUUAAGCCCAGAGAAUUCUCCGGGCUUAACAACUAAGCCCAAGGGGCUAAAGUGUUGUUGCAUUUAACAUGUAAAUUGCUUAGCCCCGACUGCGUUUUUUUUGUCCAGUUAAGACCGGUGUGCUAGGGACUAAUAGAGCCCAAUCUUAUUUAUAAGAUGGGUACUCUUGGCUUUAGCCAGGAUGAUUGGGUUUCUCGUGGAUUCAAUAGUCAGAACUGGAUAAAAUUAAAAUGCGAUCACUGGUAUUAUCAACAUCGGUUCACACAGCAGAAACUUCUGAGGUAACAAACAUAAACAAAAUACAUGAAUUGAGAACCUCUUCGUUUUUUGAAGUCGUUAAGAAACAAGAUAAGUUUCGUAGUUGCACGUAGUUGCAUUUUAUUUUAAGGGUCCCAUUAGAUGAGAGUUUAACCUUUAAGAAACACUAAAUUUCACUAAAACUAUCAAACAAGUAAAAUAAAAUCUAGAUAGUUUUGUGUCUCUAUUUCAAUAAUUCAUUACAAUUUUUCUUUUCUUCUAUAGUCACCAACAAAGAAAAUGUAUACUUACUAUAGCACAUGUUCCAAAAUUAAAAUAAAUUACAUACAUUUUACUUUUGGGCCGAAAACUUUGAACUUUAGAUCACUGCUGUAAGCAGCGGCGGCGUACACACCAUUGGGGCAAGCGGGGCGCUACCCCUGGGCCCCCGACUGGAGACAAUGCAGAGAAGGCAACUUAUUAUAAAAGUAACGAAGCAAAAAUUUAAGAUAUUUGACAUGAAUUCUUUUGGACAGAAGAGAGACAAAUUAUUCUCUUCAGUAUAAUUCAUAAUGAAUUGGUAGCCAGCCACAUAAUAUUUCAUCAAAAAAAAAAAAAAAAAAACCUCAGGGGCCCCAAGAAAAUAAAUUACAUUUUUAAAAGAAAAAUUAAAUAUUAUAUUAGGGUUCCAUUAAUAAUCUUAGCGACCAACAAAUGAUACAUCAAGGGUCCAAAAAAAAAAGUAUGACGUUGACGCACUUUUUUAAAAAAGUGUCAUAAUUUUUUUUAGGGAAAAACAAAAGCUACAAGUCAUCCAUACACUUUUUUUUUUGGUAGCUUCUCCCGUUUCCAAGUUAUAUAUAAAAAACCUACGACAUUAAAACUUGAAUAACUUUUUAUGCACACAUGUGACUUUUGCGACUUUUGACAUUUUACUUUAAAUGUUCUGUACCAAUUUUCAGUUCUAUGCGAAUUAUUUCUGGGUUGAAUAUCUAUUUUGACCGGACUAUUCCGAGAAAUUCGAAUAUUGUACUCACUAUUCACAAUUCAAAAAAAAAAUACUGUCACGACAAUAAAGAGUUUUUUGUGAACACUUUUCAGAAAUAUCGUAUUUAUUUCCAAAAUUCAUCACUUUCUUAAUGUAGAACAUAAGGUAAUGAAACUUAUUGUAAAAUGAAGUAAAAUACUUGUGAAGAAAUAAAAAUAA